CAGUUUAUUUGGAAGAGACGUCCAUUUUGUCUUCUUGUCCGGCCGGACUGCUUUCGUAUUGUAGGCCCACUGUUAACAUUUGUUAAAAUAAGCCGGGACAAUAGACUACAUAAUUAAGAAUGCUGCUUAAAGCUAUCAGUUGUGCUCUCAGAUCUGGAGGUAGGAAACGAGAUUUCGGAGAAUCAGAGAAUUGGAAAUCAUGGAGGCAUGGUGGCUGACAGGGGUUUUGGGUGUUGUGCCUUUAAUGAUUUGCAUACUAUGGUGGUGGAACGAGCUUUGGCAUGUUUUGCCGCUCAAACGACACUUGGCUUCUAAGCGUGCGAAACUCCCGCCUGGUCACAUGGGCUUCCCUUUAAUUGGCGAGCUGCUCACUUUCAUUUGGUACUUCAAGAUUCUGCGCCGACCCGAUGAUUUCAUCAAUUCUAAACGAACCAAAUACGGUGAUGGAGUUGGGAUGUAUAGAACAUAUCUGUUCGGCUCUCCAUCGAUCAUCGCUUGCUCCCCAGCCGUAACGAAGUUUGUGUUCCACUCAAAUCUAUUUCCCUAUAGAUUUCCCACUAAUGAUCUCGUUGGCCCCAAUUCUAUGCUAGCAGCUAGUGGCGAGCACCACGACAGGGUCAAAGGUUAUGUCAGUGCUGCAGUUGCCCACACUAGUUCUCUCAGGAAAAUUGUUCUUCAUAUUCAACCAAGCAUCAAGACCUCUCUUCGUUCAUGGGCUGACAAGGGUUCUGUGAUAGCAUUUGAUGUUGUCAAGAAGAUGGUAUUUGAGAGCAUUGCUCGAGUUUUUGUCAGCAUCGAACCAGGACCCUUUUUGGAUGAGAUUGGCCAGUACUAUGCUUGUUUGCUUAAAGGAUUUAAAGCACAGCCAUUUAACAUUCCAGGAACUACUUACUAUCGUGCUGUUCAGUGCCGAAGAAAGCUCAUGGAAAUAUUUAGGCUAAAGUUGGAGAAGAGAAAAGAAAACCAAAAAGGAGAUCAGGAAAACAAGGAUUUGAUGGAUGUUCUAAUGCAAAUUAAGGAUGGGGAUGGGAAGCAGCUAAGUGACGAAGAGGUGCUUGAUAACAUAGUGACACUUUUUCUCGGGGGCUUCGAAACUACUGCAACUGUAUCAGCCUGGGCUAUGUAUUACCUUGCCAAGAACCCAGAAAUUCUGCAGAGGCUUAGAGAAGAAAAUAUGGAAUUGAGUUCAACAAAGGAGGGAGAAUUCAUUACGUUGGAUGAAAUUUCACAAAUGAAGUAUACAAAGAAGGUGGUGGAUGAAACAAUAAGAAUGGCAAACAUUUCGUGCUUCAUUUUCAGAUCUGGUGAUUAUGAUGUUGAAUAUGAAGGUUAUUUAAUACCAAAAGGUUGGAGGGUACUUCAAUGGGUCAGAUAUCCUCAUGCAAACUCAGAAUACUUUGAAGAUCCAAUGUGCUUUAAUCCAGACAGGUGGAAUCAAUCAACAAAACCAGAGGCGUAUCAAGCUUUUGGUGCGGGAUCAAUGAGAUGUGUUGGCAGCAAACUUGCUCAAACACAACUUGCAGUCUUUCUUCACCAUUUGGUUAUGGGCUAUAAGUGGGAAUUAAUUAACCCAGAUUCAAAGAUAACCUACCUGCCUCAUCCAAAGCCAAAUGAUGGUUGCAAAAUUGUAAUUAGUCGAUCUAACUGUCUCGAGUAAGUGCCCUUCUGUUCUUCUUCUUCUCUACGGUUAUUUGUGUGAUAUAAAUUCCACAAAGUUUCUCCAACAAAAUAAGCCCUCCCUAUAAUUAUGCUUUGCUGUGAUGGAGGGCAAGUAGCAAAAUCCCUUCCCCAGAUUCCCAGCUUUAUUCCUCAACAAACCAACAGAUAGUGUUUGGUAACAUUCAAAAUACUAACAUGUUAUUAUUUGAGAGAAUUGAAUAGAAGUAAAAAAUAAAUAAAUUUGAUGUGUG